GAGUACUGUCAGUUUGAUUGUAUACUGUCAACAUCAAGGUGGAUUUAUUAUUUAUUUUUUUAAAUAAGAAUCAUUAUAUAAUCUUGUGUUUUUAUAUAAAAAAGAAGUUUAAAUUGUAUGUAUUAGGCGUGUGAUUUAAGAUUUCACACCUGUCGUUUUGAGUUCAGGGCCUUGGAGCUCCGACUAACGUUUUUGUAGCCGUGUACCAAGUUAUUGUAGCGAGCGAGAAACACACCAAUAAAAGUAAAAUGGACAAUGAUAACGACACGACCACAAUCAAAUUAGAAGAAGAUAGUCAGUCGAUAGAGCAGCUUACCAAUGUUUCUGAUGAAAGAACCAAUUUAAAUAAUACUGAAAAAUUAUACAAGUGUAGUCCGAUGACAAACAUAGAACCUCAAAAAACAAUCGGUGGAGAUGCGUGCAACGUCGGAGAAACGUGCAAUGGUACAAUUGUUAAAAUUGAAGUAGACUUUGAGUUUGGACAUUGUUUUGAAUCCGUUAUAGAAUUUGAAAAAUAUAAUGUUUUCGAUGUUCAAACGACGAGCAAUGAUUUAGAAGAAAUACGUACAUUUGUCUGUGAUGUUUGUAAUAUGUCAUUUUUUACUAAAAGAAGAGUGGCCCGACACUUAAGUCAAUCGCAUAGUGUACACUCAAUGGCACAAUAUGUCAAUGGAAAACCAAUUGUCCAAAAUAAAUUCAGAGUCCCUGUAGCGAGAAACAAAUCAAAAAUCCAAAAUAAAAUGGAUGAUGAUUACUAUACGACCACAAUUAAAUUAGAAGAAAAUAGUCAGUCGAUAGAGCAGCUUACCAUUGCUUCUGAUAAAAGAACAAAUCUUAAUUACACUGGAAAAUCAUACAAGGAUAGUCCCACGACUUAUAAAGAAUCUCAAAAAACAGUUUGUGGAAAUGUGUAUAAUAUCGGAGAAACGUGCAAUGAAACGGAAGUUGAAGUAGAUUUGGUGAAUGGAUGUCGUUUUGAGACUGUAAUAGAAGUUUAUAAACAUAAUCUUUAUAACAUGCAAACGAUGAACCACGAUUUGGACAAAGUACAUAAAUUUGUCUGCGAUAUAUGUAACAUGUUGUUUGCUACCAAAAGAAAAGUGGCCCAACACAUUACUCAAGCACAUAGGUCAUACUCAAUAAUCCAAAAUGUCACUAGAAAACAUGUUUCCAAAAAUAAAUUUGGUGUUAAUGGAACGAGUACUGAAGCGAAGAAAAUAAUCGAAGGGUCUUCUACAACAUCCAUCCUCCCAAAAGUCCAACACGUACACACUGGAAAAAGGCCGUACAAAUGUGCAGUGUGCCUAACAUCAUUUUCUCAUAAAUCGAGCCUCACAAUACACCAACGCUUACACACUGGUGAGAAGCCCUACAAUUGUGCAGUGUGCUUAAAGUCAUUUACUCGAAAAUGUGAUCUGACAAUACAUGAACGCGUGCAUACAAGUGAAAAGCCCUACAAAUGUGAUAUUUGCCUAAAGUCAUUUACUGAAAAAUGGAGUCUCACAAAACAUGAACGGGUGCAUACAGGUGAAAAGCCCUACGAAUGUGAUGUAUGCCUAAAGUCAUUUUCUCGAAAGAACAACCUCAUAGAACACAAACGCGUGCACAACGGUAAAAAGCCCUUCCAUUGUGACGUAUGUUUAAAAUCAUUUACUUGUAAAUCCAGCCUCAAAAAACAUGAACGCGUACACACUGGUGAAAAGCCUUACCAAUGUGAUGAAUGCCUAAUUUCAUUUCAUCGAAAGGACUUACUCGCACUUCAUGAACGGGUUCACACUGGAGAAAAGCCCUAUAAAUGUGUAGUGUGCCUAACAUCAUUUUCUCAAAAAUCGACCCUCACGUAUCAUGAACGCGUACAUACAGGUGAUAAGCCUUACAAAUGUGCCAUUUGUUUAAAAUCAUUUUCUAUAAAUGCACACCUCACAAUACACAAACGCUUGCACACUGGUGAAAAGCCCUACGAAUGUGAUGUAUGUCUAAAGUCAUUUUCUCAAAAUGCACACCUCACAAUACACAAACGCUUGCACACUGGUGAAAAGCCCUACGAAUGUGAUGUAUGUCUAAAGUCAUUUUCUCAAAAUGCACACCUCACAAUACACAAACGCUUGCACACUGGUGAAAAGCCCUACGAAUGUGAUGUAUGUCUAAAGUCAUUUUCUGUUAAAUCGAACCUCACAAGUCAUGAACGCGUUCACACUGGUGAGAAGCUCUACAAAUGUGAUGUAUGCCUAAACUCAUUUUCUGUUAAAUCGAGCCUCACAAUACACAAACGCGUACACACUGGUGAAAAGCCCUACAAUUGUGCAGUUUGCUUGAAGUCAUUCGCUCAAAAAUGUGAUCUGACAAAACAUGAAAGCGUGCAUACACGUGUAAAGCCCUAUAAAUGUGAUGUAUGCCUUAAGUCAUUUUCUCAAAAAUGUGAUCUGACAAAACAUGAACGCGUGCAUACAAGUGAAAAGCCCUACGAAUGUGAUGUAUGCCUAAAGUCAUUUUCUCGAAAGGACAAUCUAUCUGUUCACAAACGGGUCCACACUGAAGAAAAGCCCUACAAGUGUGCAGUGUGCUUUAAGUCGUUUUCUGUUAAAUCGAGCCUAAUAAAACAUGAACCCGUGCACACUGGUGAAAAGUCCUACAAAUGUGAUAUUUGCCUAAAGUCAUUUACUGAAAAAUGGAGUCUCACAAAACAUGAACGGGUGCAUACAGGUGAAAAGCCCUACGAAUGUGAUGUAUGCCUAAAGUCAUUUUCUCGAAAGAACAACCUCAUAGAACACAAACGCGUGCACAACGGUAAAAAGCCCUUCCAUUGUGACGUAUGUUUAAAAUCAUUUACUCGUAAAUCCAGCCUCAAAAAACAUGAACGCGUACACACUGGUGAAAAGCUUACCAAUGUGAUGAAUGCCUAAUUUCAUUUCAUCGAAAGGACUUUAUGAACGGGUUCACACUGGAGAAAAGCCCUAUAAAUGUGCAGUGUGCCUAACAUCAUUUUCUCAAAAAUCGACCCUCACGUAUCAUGAACGCGUACAUACAGGUGAUAAGCCUUACAAAUGUGCCAUUUGCCUAACAUCAUUUUCUCAAAAAUCGAGCCUCGCAAUACACCAACGCUUACACACUGGUGAGAAGCCCUACAAUUGUGCAGUUUGCUUAAAGUCAUUUCCUCGAAAAUGUGAUCUGACAAAACAUGAACGCGUGCAUACUGGUGAAAAGCCCUACAAAUGUGAUGUAUGCCUAAAGUCAUUUUCUCGAAAGGACAAACUCACAGUUCACAAACUUGUUCACACUGGUAAAAAGCCCAAAAAUGAGAUGUAUGCCUAAUGUCAUUUUCUCGAAUAUUGAGCCUCACACAACACAAACGCGUGCAUGCUGUCGAAAAUAACAAUAUCUAUGAUUUAAUCAUAUUUGUAAAACAUUAUUUGUGGUAUUAUAUUCUGUAAACUCUUACAGAAUUUUUU